AGCCCUUCCUUAUACCCAUGCCCAUGCGAGCUCCAAAGGCAUCUCCAUUGCUGCCUACAGCUGCAUCUAUUUCAUGGGAACGAUGGGGUCGUACGCUGACAUACCAGCGACUGCACGAAAAACUACAACCUAGACUGACGUGGAGGCGAAGAUCUAUAGUGUACCUAAUCUCCAUAAUUAUCAUCGCAGCAUGCUUCCUGUCUUAUUUCGUACAAUACAUACGCAUGACAAGCGUGCAUAGAGCAAGAGACAGUUGGCUAUUAUCUCGUUUUCCGGAACUUCAACCCAUUUGGAAAGACAUAUCGAAAGAUAGUACUAAUUUGCAUGAAGCUAUUACUCUUCGAUUCGAACGCCGUGAUCAGUACGGUUGCGAAUACCAUCAACUAUCUUAUGCUACUUUAAAACAGAUUAUCGAUGAUGAACUUGGGCCCGCUAAUCCCAACCCUUCAUUCACCCAUGUUCGUACGCCAUAUUUAAUCACACCAGCUUUUGACCCUAGUCAACCAGUCACAUUGAAACCCGGCCAAAAGUAUUGUGUUCGAUUGGUUGUUCCACGCCAACUGGUGACGCCCAGCAAUACUGAAGGAUAUAUGCCUAUUGAUGGAUCUCCUUGGGACAGCAUUAUGAUGACGAUGGUUCGAAACUCCCCAUCCAACACCACUAUUCCGGUGCGCAUGAAUGUAUGGGGUGGCCAUGCGACAUUGUAUGAUGCCGAUGAGCUAAACGCUGGUCGUCAGGCUCAGGAUAGACCACCUCAUGAAUGGAUGAGUCGUAGUGGAAUUCACAUCUAUGAAGCGGAAAUAGCCCUCAUGGACGAGGGCAUUUAUACCCUGGAAACUCGACUGGAAUACACUCAGGGUCUUUGGAACUUUGAACGAGAAACCAUCAUCUCCUACCAACCAGAGAUGGUCAACCCACCAACAGGAUGGGAAGUAAAGAUCCUUGGACGUGAGAAGGAUCAUUUUGAUUUACCCUUGUGUACUCGACCUGAUCAUCCUGGACGUUGGCUUAAUAUCAACGAUUACGCGCCAGAGCGACAAAAGCAAAUUCAACCCAGCGCCGUAGACUUCAACGGAAAUUUUUGGGCUCCCUACACCUGUCGAUACCGACCCAUUACAUACCAAGACUUUACAACCUGUUUAGCAAAGAAAUUCCCUCUCAUUCAUUGGUUUGGCGAUUCCAAUUCUCGUAGAGCUAUUAAGAAAAUGGUGACGGACGGAGAAUGGUGUAGCGACGCAUCCCUCAUCCAGAGUAAUGCUACCAUUCAACGAAGCUGUCACUGCGAGGAUUACGGAGACUUAUCAUGGAACCGUACGUUGUUCGAUCCAUGGUCUCGAGCCGCUCAGGUAACAAGGAUACCUGCUGAGCAUGUCUCCUCUGAAUGGGGCACCAUUGACAGAGACGAAGACAAGUCGGAACUUUGGUUCUACAAGAUGGACGGUCUUACCAACCUGAAUGAUCCUGGGUGGGAGGAAUCGUUCAAGGAGUACCCUGACCCCUCGGAGUUGUUGCCAUAUGUUACUGGACUGGCUGUCAACCAAGAAUGGGCCAGUCGAUUUGGUGAACCCUUGAAUCUUCCAGGAGCUGAUAUCCGGCCUCAGCCUAAAAAGGAAGAAAAGCGAUCUUAUCAUCUGGACAAGCGGUGGUACCUGACACUCGCCCCUCCUAAACUCAUCAUCAUUAGUUUGGGAAAUUGGGACACUUCAUGGAUGCCCUACGCAGAAUUCGAAGUCGCCGUGCAGAGAUUAAUCAACUACAUCAAGCAGCGCUAUAUUCCCUACAAGACCGCCGUUGUUUAUAGAGCCCCUCAAUAUUACUGUUGCCGGGUCGAUACGUCCGAAUGGCAACGUAGACUCAGCACGCAAAGAAUGGAAGCAUAUGAUCGCUAUGCGAGAGAUAUGCUGGUGGAACAUGUGGGAGCCAAAGUGUGGGAUGUGUAUGCUUUGGGAGAGUCUCGCAACUGGCAAGACAAACAGGUGUCGCUUGAUUGCCCGUCCAACCAUGUUCCUAGCGACGUUGUAGCGGUUGAAAACCAACUGUUAAUGAAUGCGCUAUGUAAUUCGGAUGAUUGGUUUGCCGAUAUUUAAUCCACAGCAUUUAUUUCCCACUUUUUACAUUUCCCACUCACAAAAAUAAAAACUUACCACGUGAUCCUAUUUUUGGUCAUUGCCAUAUAAGACGUUUUCGGCCUUGGCUCAUUUUUUGACGUUGACUUUUUUUUUGAGAUUGCAAUUCCAUGGUCGAACCUCCAAAUGACCCUGACGCUGGCUGUAAACUGCUGGAUGGGUUCGCUAUCAUCAUACAAAUACUACUUGCUUCAAGUGCCCUCGCAACACUAGUCGUCAAAAGGGCCAGGGAAAGACCGCAGCGGCCAGUUAAUAUAUGGUAUGGUUAUUUUCAACUCUUGGCUUGCGCUGUUAACCUGAAAACUAAUGUGGUU